AUGACCAACAAUCCUACUCCUAUUUCCAAUGCACCGCCUUCAGCUGAGCCUGCUUCUGGUGGUGAUUUCUCUGAACCUGCCCCUACUCUUACUAGUAGCAAUUUGGAGCGUUCUAAUAACGACGCUAAGCCUACUAGCAGCAAAUCUGAGGUCGAACAAGCCGCUCGCUCUGCAACUGACAAGGCCCAUGAUAACGCUGGCGUCGACUACGUGAUAGUAUUCACUUACCCAACAAAGAUUCCUAAGGGUGAUAAAAAAAUUACAAACAAGGCUGAAUUAGAGGCUGAUGUUACUGAAAGCCUCAAGAGUCUUACUACUCGUUUAGCUAAGGUGAGCUUGCGUUUCCAAGUUCGCCCAGGGGAAACUGAUGGUACAUUUUUGAUUAUGGUCGGAAGUCCUCUCAGUACUUUAAAGCAAGAAUACAGGCGUGAAAGAAUUCACGAUUUCUUGUUUGGCGUCCGCUUUGAUGAGCUCACCGAUGGCUCUCAGAAUACACACAAAAUUGACACCGACUUUGAGAAUUUAACAGAUGCCGAACGUUUGCGCUUGGUUUACGAAUUAAUGACUGAACCCCAAUCUGAGAGCGGAGCAGGAAUAUCCAUUGAAACAGAGAAGUAUGUUGAGGCCAUCAUUCCUUUACAUGAUGAAAAAUUCAACAAGAAAUGGUUAGAUUAUUUACCUAAGAAGUGGGUACUUGAUGAUAACGAUUUAACUACAAUUCGCGACCAUUUUGGUGAAAGAGUUGCUUAUUACUUUGCUUUUGUUCAAACCUAUACUUGGUGCUUGACUAUCCCUGCCAUUGUCGGUAUUGUAUCCUUUUUGAUUCAGAGAAAGGGUGUUUCCAUUUGGUUCUCUGUAUUCAUGUUGCUAUGGUCUGUUGCCUUUUAUGAACUAUGGGACAGAAAGGAAAACGAAUAUGCUAUCAGGUGGGGCGUCCGUAACGUCUCUAAGCACGAAAAGCGUAGAAUUGAUUUCGUUGGUGAAAAGUUAGUUAAGGAUGAUGUUACGGGCGAAGAAGUUCCUUACGUUCCUGGUUGGAAACUGGUGCUAAGACGCUUGUCUUCUCUUCCUGUCGUUUUCUUUGGUGCCCUUUUUUUGACUGGUUUGACCGCCGCUGUUGUCUGCUUCCAACUCUUCAUAAAGGAGUACUAUAAUGGACCUAUGAAGCAAAUUUUGGGUUUCACUCCUUUGAUCGGUUUCUCUCUUAUCAUCCCUAUUGUUACCAAGCUAUAUGCCAAAUUGGUGAAGGUUCUAUGCGAUUUUGAAAUGCACAAGACCCAUCGUUCUUGGGAACACAGUUACACUCAAAAGGUCUUUGUUGCUAACUUCUUAGCUGCUUAUCUCGCUCUGUUCAUUACAGGUUGGAUCUAUAUACCUUUUGGCGCCAAGGUCACCCCUUAUCUCACAGCUUGGAAUAUCAAGCAUGAUCAUAACACCAUUGACUUUACACGUUUAAGAACUCAAUUGAUCUAUCUCGUUGCCACUGCGCAAGUUGUCAAUUUUGUUACUGAAAUGGUCGUCCCUUGGAUUUUGGCAAAGGCCACAGGCAAAGCUAAGAAUGUUACCGACAAGAUCACUCGUCGUAAGUCUUUCGAUGAAAAGUUGGGCGUUACCGAAAAGGAUGACGAAGAGCAUGAAUUCAUAGAACGUGUCAAGCAGGAAGUUGCCUUGAAAGAUUAUGACAUUUUCUUGGAAUACGUUGAAAUAGUCAUCCAAUUUGGUUAUGUUUCUAUGUUCUCUUCUGUCUUCCCUUUGACUGCUCUAUUCUCUUUGAUCAAUAACUGGAUCGAAAUUCGUGGUGACGCUACUAAGCUUUGUUAUUAUACCCGUCGUCCCUUGCCUCACCGUGGUGAUUCCAUCGGUCCUUGGAAGGGCAACAUGAAAUCUUUGAUUUGGUUGUCUUCUAUCACCAUGGGCUCCUACGCUUAUCUCUUCCAUCCUUCAACUAACAUUCAUUCUCCUCAUACCCUCGUCUACACUUUGGUUGCCAUUUUAUUUUCUGAACACUUAUAUCUCGCUUUGAGAUCGCUUGUUCGUUACAUCAUGAAAUUCCUUCCCAGUUGGGCUGAUAACGCUGUACGUAAGGAAGAGUUUGAGGUAAAGAAGACUUUCUUGGAACGUAUGGUCGGUGACCACAACAAAUUUUUGAAGCGUAGUAUUGAAAACCAAGAUGAUGCGAACGAUAUCUCUGAUAAAAUCAGCAUGAAGGUUUGGAACAAUCGUUUGGAUCGCAAUAGUCAGAUUGAUGAGGCCAUUCAAUUGGUUCAAAAAGCAUUCAAGACCCAAUAA